CGGCUCCAGUACAGUGCAUGUGACGUAAUCAUUGUUGGGGUUAGCUCUCACUCAGUAUGGCGGUUCACCACAGGCAGCCGAGUAAUUCUAGACGGAAAGUUCAGGUUUCCUACGUGAUUCGCGAUGAAGUGGAGAAGAAACACAGGUCAGGGGUCAACGCACUUCAGUUUGACCCUCUUCUCAACAGACUCUACUCAGCCGGGAGAGAUUCCAUUGUCAGAAUAUGGAACCUACCUGAUGAAAGAGAGCAGUAUGUUCAGUCGAUGGAGCAUCACACAGACUGGGUGAAUGAUGUUGUCUUAUGUUGCGGAGGAAGAACCUUGAUAUCGGCGUCAUCGGACACAACAGUGAAAGUAUGGAAUGCACACAAAGGUUUCUGUAUGUCAACGUUAAGAACACACAAGGACUACGUGAAAGCGUUAGCAUAUGCCAAAGACAAAGAAUGGGUGGCGUCUGCUGGUCUCGACAAACAAAUCUUCCUGUGGGAUGUUAACACGUUAACGGCACUCACAGCUACCAAUAACACCGUCACAACAUCUUCUUUGAAUGGUCAGAAGGACUCCAUCUACAGCCUAGCUAUGAACCAGUCAGGCUCCGUCAUUAUCUCUGGCUCAACAGAAAAGGUUCUGAGAGUGUGGGAUCCAAAGACUUGUGCCAAGAUCAUGAAGCUCAAAGGCCACACCGACAACGUCAAGGCAUUGGUCAUCAACAGAGAUGGCACACAGUGUCUGUCCGGCAGUUCGGAUGGGACGAUACGCCUGUGGUCUCUGGGGCAGCAGCGGUGCAUAGCCACCUACCGUAUCCACGAGGAGGGGGUGUGGGCUCUGCAAGCCAACGAAUCCUUCACCACGUUCUACUCCGGUGGCCGGGACUGCUACGUCUACCAGACCGAAAUCAAGAACCCGGACGCCAGCGAGCUGAUCUGCGAGGAGAGUUCCCCGGUCUUGAGGAUAGAGCUGGUGCCAGAGGAGGAUGCCAUCUGGGUGGCGACCACCAGGUCUCAUCUCAACCAAUGGAGCCUUUCAAGUAGAGGAGGGAGGAAUGUUGAUGAUUAUGACAACGUGGGCAUGGAAAGUGAUUGCCCUAAACCAAAGAUGACAGUAGAGGGCGGUUCCAGCAUCCGACAGUACCACAUACUCAACGACAAAAGGCACAUCAUAACGAAAGACACCGACAAUAGAGUGGCGCUAUGGGAUGUAUUGAUGGCAAAGAAAGUGGAAGAUCUGGGCCAUGCAGAUUUUGAAGUGGAAAUAAAGAACAGAUUCCAGAUGAUAUACGUUCCCAACUGGUUUGCAGUCGACCUUAAGAUAGGGAUGUUGUGCAUACAUUUAGAAGAGUCCGACUGUUUUGCUGCCUGGGUUUCUUCAAAGGAUAGUGGUUUAGGACCGGCUGAUGCACCUGAUAUUAAAGUGAACUAUGGAGGACUUGUUCUACAAGCUUUGCUGGAACACUGGCCCAGGACACACGCGUAUGAUCCAGAAGGCAUCAAUGGCCAAAUGAAUGGCAUCGACACAAGCACCGAUGACAUCAACUUGACAGUGAACUCCUCCUCUCCGACCUCGCCCCAUCCCCCGCAUACCGUCAUCAACAAGGGUAACAGCUACUUCAGCGUCCCGCCCCACACGCCCGUCAUCUUCAGUGAGGUCGGAGGUCGAACCCUCUUCCGCUUCCUGUGCCGAGACGCCAGCGGGGAUUCAGAGAGGAUGCUGCUGAACGAGAACGUACCCCAGUGGGUGGUCUCUGUCACCGUCGAGCAUAGUCAACCAAAGUUCAACAAGAUUUCAUUCUUUCUCCAACCUCACAACCCAUCGGGAAAUAGAACCUUGAAAAAGGACAGACUGUCAGCCAGUGACAUGCUGCAAGCCAGAAAGGUCUUAGAGCACGUCUAUGAGAAGGUGAUGGGCGCGUACACGUCGCCGUCAUCGCCCUCCUCAGCGGGGGCAGCAAACGGGUACGGGACGGGAGAGGGAGCUGACAGGGACUCUGAACUGAGCAGUAUCUCGGAGGAGAAAGUAGAGUUGUUAUGUCAAGACCAAGUACUAGAUCCCAACAUGGACCUGCGGACAAUCAAGCAUUUCAUCUUCAAGAGUGGCGGCGAUCUCACCCUGCUCUACCGCAGCAAACAUCCUAACGCAACCUGAGCACGCCUCCCCCGUGUUCCUUCCCACGGUACAGACAUUCAUGUUUGACGGCGUACUCUGUGUGGUGCUCAACCCUUUUUUUAGACUACCUUGCAUAGGUUGACGGUGAUGAUUUCGCACAACUCCAAGGGCAGAGAGUAGUUGGCAGGGAGAAACUGCAGCAGCAGGUCUCUUGGUGUUUUUUCUCUGCUGGUGGUACCAAUAAUCGGUGAUCUCUUGCCCCAACGCUUGUUGGUUUUGGUGAUGACAAAUAUUGAUACUUAUAUUCCGCAUUUAUAUAGCGUUUAAUACAUCAACGAUGUCUCUAAGAGCUUUACAGAUUUAUUAUUACCCACGGUUAACGGAUUCAGACUCGCCUGCAAUCAAUGUAUGCACAUUCUCCACUCCCUGGGGAACAUUCUAGCCAGGUGCCAUUUUUCAGGCACUCACAAUGCUGAGCAAAAUACAUUGGCAUUCGCAUCAUAUCAGGUACUCAAAGUGGCAAAUGUAGAUUAAUGUCUUACCAAAGGACGUAAGUGCCGGGCUGGGAUUUCAUCUACAGUCUGGUGACUUAUCCACUAGACCACAACAACACCUCUACACCCCGACAAUCGAUGGUCCAAGGAGAAUGGGUGCAUGGAUGUCACUGAUUGCUAGGUAUACUGACCUGCUGUUCAUUCUCACUUUGGACCAUGGUUCUCAUUAGCUCCAGGAAGCAGCCUACAGCAGUAUGUAAAUGCUAAGUUGUUUAAUAAAACUACAUUAUCUUGUGUUUUCAUGCAUAAUUGACAUCACUUGAGCAUUCACUGUGUAACCGAUACAGAGAGAAGACUCCACUUUUACUACCAGUGGGUCAUAUGGAUUAUUUAUAGUGCCCAAACCCUUCACCAACUUCAAAAGAACUGCCCCCGCAAGGGAAAUUCUCUGCAGAGAUAGCUUUAGGCCAUGCUCCCAGUAAUUCUGAACAACUGACGUGAUAUCCUAGGAGUUUUGCUGCUUUCAAGACAUGUAAACGCGUUAUUGGGUAAUUCCACCAAGUCUAGUGUGAGCAAACUAAUGAAUUGCACCUCGAAACUCCCAAAACUAUGUUUUUGAAGUAAAUAGAUCGAAAGAUCCCAUGCUAAUGGGCUUGCGUGUAGACUCCCUAAAAUAUGACCGCAAGCUCAGCGAUAAAGUGUAUUGGAAUCAGCCGGAAUUGUAAUUUCAUGCUUUAGUACACUGUUCUAGUUCAAGCAGUGUACCGCUACUAUACAAGAGAUGCAAACAUGCAAGGACUGUGCAGAAGAGCACAUUAUUCUCUGUGUUUCAUUCAGACUUGACAAGUGACAAGUUCAUACUAUAUAUAUUUUUAACUAUGACUAGUCAAGCCUAAAGUGUAAGUGAAAUCAUCAUUUUUAUAUUUUAAAAAUGUACAAGGAAAUAUUGAAAUAGAUACCGGUACGUUUAAGCUUAUUGUAUCUUGUAAUACAUAGACCAAACCAUAUUUUGCGAAUAGAAAUCAUUAUUUUGACAUCUCAGUAUCCUAAUUUGUGGUGUAUAAAAGAGAAUAAUUUAUUGAUUGUAUAAAUAUUGUAAUAUUCCUGUAAAUCAGUCAUAUACAUGUACCUGCUUCAAAUGUUUGGUUUAAGAUGUAUGUUGAUAAGUUACUUGAAGCAUAUGGCCAAAUUUUGUGUUAUUGUCUGUUUUGUAAUCUGUAGCUGCUGUCUUUUAUUUUACAAUUGCCUGGUACAUGUACCGUCUUGGGUUGUGUUUUUGUCCAUUAUUUAAACUGAAACACUCUUUUGUGAACUACGGUAGCCAUUUAAAGGUCAAGUUGAGUUCUGUUUAUGGAAAAUAUAUUGGAAUGAAAUUAGAUGGAUGCAUUCUUUUAUCGUUUCAUAUCAAUGAGGGCAACUAUGUGCACAUUUUUUUGUUCAUGUUUAGAAUUUGCUUGGAUUUGAAUAAGUUUUUAGCUGGAAUCUUGUAGGGGUCAUUUGAAGUGUUGAGAGACCCAAGCGACGCCACACACCACUGUGUUUGGUAUGUUUUAUUGCAUACACAUCUAAGUAUACAGAGAGAUGUAAACCCCUUGAAAUCACUCAUGAAUUAAAUGAAUAAGAGUGAAAGUUGGGACCAAAAUUUGUGAAAGCACAGAUUUCAUGCAAAAUCCAGAUUGUCCUUAUGCCUACCAAAUAGAACUCUCUUCAAAUUUGAAGAUUUUCAUGUGAAACCAAAAUUUCCUAAAAACCACUCCAUUCAUUUUCCACAUUACCACAGCUCGACCCUCUCUUUAAUACUAUAAUCAUGGGAUUUGUGCUUAGAGAUGAAAUUGAGAAAUAAGCCAGACCAAUUUUGUUUUUGUUUUUCAAAAUUAAAUUUAAUAUUGUGCAAUUAAAGGAAAUUGAAACAUGUACUUUGGCUUUUCUUCUGUUUCCACAAUAUUUCAAAUGAUUUGUUACCAUCACGAUAAGAGCAGUUUUAGUACAGUGGGAUUGCAUUAAUACAUACUCCUUGGUACCAACGACCUUAUCUUGUUAUAUUGAAAUCUUGUGAAUGAUUCAAAUCAAUGGCAACUUUAAUUAGUCACAACUCUGUACUAAGGAGAUUUAUAAGGGGGUUUAUAAGCUUCAAAUUGAUUGGAGGACUGAGUUCAUUGCAACUUUAUUUAAGACAGGCCCAAUGGCUAUGACAUGAGUAAAAACAAAAUAGAACUGGAAUCAGCAACAAUUGAAAUCCUUUUUAUGAUAAGAGUUUGUUUGAACAUUGUUUUUCUCUAUUAAAUGAGUUUCCACAGGAGUGACUGUAUGUCUACAUACAUCAGUGCCCCGCCUUUCAUCAAAACUUGUUAUCAAUACCAAUUUACAAUAACUGUUAUAAAUGUUAUAUACUGAAAUCAUAGCAUUUGUUUUUGAUAACAAGUUUUAUGAAACGGGGCCCAGAUCAAUCAGUAGUCCAUAACUAUUGGAGGAGCGGGCACCUUUGAAGUUUGAAUAUUUGAAAAAGAUAAAUGGCGCCAUACAAGUACUGUGGAUCAUCAUCAUCAUCAUCAUCAUCAAUUUGACUCUUAUAUGUUUCAUCAUCUUCUUUUUGUACACCUAUGUUAUAGCACAGCUGUUACUUUGUAUGCCUCUUUGUCAGCAGCAUUAAAAUUUAUAAUUCAUACUCAAAUCUAUUAUAUCAUUUUAAGAAAGUGAGCUGUUGAAAUCAAAAUGACUUUAUAUGCAGAAACUAGUGCCAAUGUCCAAAUUUAGCUGUCGUUUCUUAGCCUAGAUCUAGAUUAUACAGAAUUAUUUUUUUUGAUAAAAUGGUGACGACCGAUUUUGGAGGGUCUCAUUUAUAAUUUCUCAAUAUUUUUCUUCUCCAUAAUGAUAAGGCUAAGAAAAAUCAGGAGGGCUGAACAAAUUAUCUGAAUGUUUAACAAUAUUUUUAAAUUCAAUCAGUCACUUCUCUAAUCUCAAGAAAAUAAGAAAGUAAUGAUUUGAAAUAGAAAAGCUAUAUUACAAAUUUGGCAGUCAUGUUAAACCACAAUGUAAAACAGUAAAAUCUAUAUUGCCUAACAUGCAGAAUCUUCAUGAUAUACUGGUUAGUAAAAUUGACUUUGGUAGGAAAAGUUUCCACAAGUAACCUAUUUAGAACUUAUCAUUUUUUAGCUAGAUGUGUUUGUUUAUCUCUUUUAUGCAACAUUAUUCAUUUAUUUACCUAAAUUGUGUUAUUUUUAAAGAAUUAUCAUAUUACAGCAAAAUAUGCCAGAUGUAUUAUGAUACUCCUUGUAUUAUCUAUUGUAUCAAGCCAGCAGCAGCGUAUAUUGUAAAUAUAGAUACAUGUAUAUUGAUUAUGUGAUGUAACAUAUUCUUAUCAUUAUCUCAUUUGUUUCUUCUGGAAAAUGGUGACUAUAGCAAGUAUGAAUAUAAGAACUAUGAAUAAAAACAAAAUAAAGAAAUGAAAUAUAAGAAGGUA